AUGGAUCCUCCUGUCAGAGGCACCCGACUGGUUCCUGGAAAGAAAUCUUUCCUGGAUCUCGCUCCAGAGCUGCAGUCGAUGAUCAUGGAAUCCCUCAUUCUUAGCAUCUGCCCUCUCACCGUUCCCUGCGAUGCAAAGACAAAGUAUGGCCCUAUCACUUCUGCCGGGGAACAGAGUCUUCUCAACCUCAAGCUCUCAUGCCGCAUGAUCUACAAUGCAAUCAAAGAGAAGCGAUUCGUUGAAGCUUUCACGAUCGUUCAGCCUCAGCCGCAUCGGCGUGAGUGGCAUCCCUCGCAAGGCGCUAUCAUCUUCCCACCCUCUCGCAAGGCUUUCACCAUCGACCCUUUCCGCGAUAUGCUGCGAGUUUGGGACAUGAAGCUGCCUCAAUUUCAACCCUUGUCUGACAACAUUCUCGUCGGGAGACUUCUCUCUGUUUGGUGCGACAAGCCCAUCCACCACUGUUACUCAAAGUUCGAUAGGGCAGACUAUCCUGGAGAUUCUCUACAGCUAUGGCGACAGAAGUUCCAGGGCCGAACCAACCCUGAUGAACCUCGUACUCGUCGUCCUGAUCAUGAGUUGUCGGACCAGGACCGCCUUAUUCCCAAACUGUGCCUCGGCAAACUAGCCUUCCUUAGGGAGCUCUACAUUGUUGCAAAGAAAGUCCCAAACCCUCCUACCAACGACAUUGCUCCUGGACAGCACAUCGGCGAGGUCUGGAACAACGGCGCAAGCUUUCCUCCUCCUGGUCCGAACGAGUAUCUCUGCCCUACCAGCGGUGCUAUGGUGUCUUUUGAAUCUUUAGCUCGGCCCCUGGUCGGCCUGUACGGUUACGACAAGACAGAGACGACCCGCGGCGGUUUCUGGGCCGGCUUUCUCUACUACCAGCUGAAAAAGGAAGUAUGGUUCUCGCCGCUUUCUGCCCUCGAGGUCCGCGACGCAACGACUGUGCCGGUUGCAGACAAGCCGGAGCGCAAGCUCUUUGAAGGCACUCAUUCAGACUUUGUCGCUCGAGUCUGGAUCAUUCGUGGAGACCAAGAUCUGCCUCCCGCUCAGCCCCACCAUCGAUGGGUCAAGGUCAAGAGCGAUCAGCCCGGAGAUCCUCGCUAUACUGCAGAGAUCGAGCUCAUGUGGUCCAUCGUCGUGGACAGAGUCCUCGGACAAACUCAAGGCGAGACCCCUUACGAGCUUCGAGUUCACAGAGAAUGA